AUGACGACGACAAAAAACGAGACUUUGGGGGAAAGUGGUGAGAGAAAAGAAGAUGUGAAGCGACAAAAGCUCAUGGAAGAUGAUGAUGAUUUUGAAAAGAAUCAAGCAUUAGUAAAGGAAGAAGUGGUCGACGUGCACUCGUUAAUGCGUCCGUAUUACGCGCACAUUUUCCCUUCGAAACAACUCUUCGAGUGGCUUUCUUACGAAGGCGCGACGUCGUCGAAGGAAUCGCGAAAGGAUCAGCAACAAUUCAUCCAAAACAGAGAGUUUUGCUUCACCUUAAAAGGCGAGAUUUUCGUCCGGUACAACUCGUACCAAGACGAAAAGAGUUUACGGAAAGAUUUGAAAACCAAAGUCCCGGGCAAAAUCGAUAUCGGACCGGUGUUCUCGCACAACCCGAAGAACAGACUCGCGUACGGCGGGUCGUUUAAACCGGUGGAAAGAGAGUUGGUGUUUGAUAUCGACAUGACGGAUUACGACGACGUCCGGACGUGCUGCGACCAGGCGAAGAUUUGCCCAAAGUGUUGGCCUUUGAUGAAUUGCGCCGUGAAGGUUUUGGACGUGGGGUUGAGAGAGGAUUUUGGGUUUGAACAUAUUUUGUGGGUGUAUUCCGGGAGAAGAGGGAUUCACGCGUGGGUGUGCGAUGAAAGAGCGAGGAAGUUAUCGGACGAGGAGAGAAGCGCGGUGGCGGAAUACUUUUCCGUGUUUAAAGGCGUCGAAGGCGGCGGCGAGAAGAAGAAGACAAAUUUAAGUUUCGGGAGCGGGAAAAGGGCGUGGGGGGGGGGGAAGAUGCACCCGAGAUUGGAGGAGGCGUAUUGGAAGGUGUUGAAGCCGUUUUGGGAGAAGGAGUUUUUACCGGCGCAGAAACUCAUGGAAUCGAAGAAGCACUUCGAAACGAUUUUGAGCAUGAUUCCAGACGCGAACGUGAGGCAGAAAGCGGAGUUUGAUUUUAACACCAACAAGAUGCCGACGGUAUCGAGAGAUGGGGACGUCGACGUCAACACGUGGCGAUGGCAACGAAUCGUAAAAGCCGUGGAGGACGAGUUGAGAGGACCUAAAGUUAACUGGGAUUUGACGAGUUGCUUACAGAGGAUUAUCUUCUCUCACGUGUACCCUCGUUUGGACGCGGAAGUUUCCAAACACAUGAAUCACUUGCUCAAGGCGCCGUUUUGCGUCCACCCGAAAACCGGUCGCGUGUGCGUCCCGAUCGAUCCGGAAAACUGCGACGCGUUCGAUCCGUUUUCCUCGGACGCGCCGAAAGUGCACGAGUUGUUGCAAGAGUACAAAAAAUUUGGCGCGGAUGAAAACGCCGUCAAGAAAACCGCCAUGGGUAAAGCGUUGGAAACGUUCGAGAGGUGCUUCUGGUCGAAAUUGAAAGUCGCCAACGAGGAGGAGAAGAAGAAGAAGAUGAUGAUGAACAACAACAACGUGUUGAACGAGAGCAACAAAAAUUCCAACGCCGCCGCCGACAUGGAGUUUUAA